GUCAACAUGGCAGCGUUGUGAGUUUUGGAUGAGGGUAUUUGGUGUAAAUAAACAAGUAUUUCACACAAAAAAACCCCACAGUGACAGCACGUAAAUAUUUGGGUUUGGGAUAGGCUGGACGACAGCGGGGCGAUGUCAGCUGACGGAAACAAAAAACAGUUUUGGAAAAGGAGCACAGCGAAGGUUCCUGGCAGCAUUCAGCAUGUGUAUGGUGCUCAACAUCCGCCCUUUGAUCCACUUCUUCAUGCUAACCUGAUCAAGGCGGGCAACAAGCCACUGCCAGCCACGCCAGGGAAACCCAAGAAGGCCACCACCUUCCAGGAGUUUGAGAGCAUCACCAGCGAUGCCUGGGAUGUUGGGGAUGAUGAUGACGAGCUGUUGGCCAUGGCAGCGCAGAACCUCAACAUCGAGGUUGUCAUGGAGACGGCCAAUAAGGUGAUUGAGAACCACAGCAAGCAGCAGGAGAGACGGAGACAGGAUGACACAAUAGAGCCUGAGCAGGGAGACGAAGUUGCACAGGAAGAGGUGGCAGCAGAGGAGGAAGAGGAGGAGGCUGACUUUGAGGAGGAGAGGGUGGAUCAGGGAGAAGUGACCACCCCGGAUGUGUCGUGUGUACCUGAGCCCAGCCCUUACAGUGAUGGUCGCCUGGUCAAGUCACACAGUGAGGCUCCAAUUGGCUCGCCUAAAGAUGUGGCAGGCGAGCGGGCACUUCACAGACAACGCUCUCUGCCACACCGGCCGCCCGUCAUCCCCCUGGUGGCACGGAUGGCUGAUCAGAACACGUCAGGAACCCCAGCCAUGACCGAGAGGGAAGCCUCUCGUCUGGACAAGUUCAGACAGCUUUUGACUGGGCCCAACACGGACCUGGAAGAGCUGCGGAAGCUGAGCUGGUCAGGAAUCCCACGACAGGUACGACCAAUCACGUGGAAGCUCCUCUCGGGUUACCUGCCGGCUAAUGCCGAGAGGAGAGACAGCGUCCUGCAGAGGAAGAGGCAGGAGUACUUUGGCUUCAUCCAGCAGUACUAUGAUUCACGCAAUGAUGAGCACCACCAGGACACCUACAGACAGAUCCACAUAGACAUCCCUAGGAUGAAUCCUGAGUGCUUGGUGCUGCAGCCAAAGGUGACAGAGAUCUUUGAGAGGAUCCUCUUUAUCUGGGCCAUCCGCCACCCAGCCAGCGGCUACGUGCAGGGCAUAAAUGACCUGGUCACUCCAUUCUUUGUCGUUUAUGUCUUUGAAUACAUCGAAGCAGAGGAGGUGGAGAACUUUGAUGUGUCCAGUCUUCAGGAGGAAGCUCUAAGGAACAUCGAGGCCGACAGCUUCUGGUGCAUGAGCAAACUGCUAGACGGCAUCCAGGACAACUAUACCUUCGCCCAGCCGGGCAUCCAGAGGAAAGUCAAGGCCCUGGAAGAGCUCGUCAGCCGGAUCGAUGAGUCGGUGCACCGCCACAUGCAGCAGUAUGAUGUGGAGUACUUGCAGUUUGCUUUCCGCUGGAUGAACAACCUGCUGAUGAGGGAGCUGCCCCUGCGCUGCACCAUCAGACUGUGGGACACAUAUCAGGCUGAGCCUGAGGGCUUCUCUCAUUUCCACCUGUAUGUGUGUGCAGCCUUCCUGGUGCGGUGGAGGAAAGAGAUUCUAGAGGAGAGGGAUUUCCAGGGCCUGAUGAUCCUCCUGCAAAACCUACCCACCAUGCACUGGGGCAACGAGGAAGUGAGCGUGCUGUUGGCCGAGGCCUACAGGUUAAAGUUUGCCUUCGCCGACGCUCCCAACCACUACAAGAGAUGAUGAGCGUGACUCGCUGCGAUCGCUCCCCCUCUCCUCCUCCCCUUCCUCAUGCGCUCCUUUCUUCCUCGUCUGAAAACCUCCUCACCCCACCGUACAGCGAGCCGCUGAACUUAAAACGCCCCGCCCCUUGCGGAGAAGGACCACCCCCUCUUCUUAACCCUGCCUUUCCUUAUCGCCCAGUGGGACAAGGAGAGUUUGAACCAGAGACUCGGAGGUCGUUCCUCUUCAUGUGUGGAUGGCUCUCUGACAAAACAAUGUGACGCCUCUUCGCUCUGCUCUGCUCCCCUCCUCGAACCGAAGCCCAGUUGAGGUUGCAUUGGUGGAAUGGAGCCUUUUUUUUUUUUUUUUUUUUGCCUAACAGAUUGGAGCAGGGCUCACCCAAGCUGGCUCAUUAAACUUGGGUUGUGUUGUGGCACCCUAGGGUGUUAUCAGCC